AUGUUCUCUGUAUAUGGAUAUGCCUGCGUCACUCAUCAGACAAUUUGCAAGUGGUAUCGAAGAUUCGAAUUUGGCAAUUUUAACAUGGAAGAUGAAACUCGCUCUGGUCGAUCUCAGGAGGUUGAUGAAACGCUUCUUAAGGAUUUCAUGCAUAAAAACCCUCGAGUGACUGUUAGAGAACUCGCCGACACUCUGCACAAGUCCAUUUUUACCGUACAUGACCACCUGAAAAAGCUAGGAUUCUCAACUCGACUGGAUAAGUGGUUGCCACACGAACUGAAUGAAUGGCAAUUGAUGGAACGUGUGAACAUCUGCGAUAUGCUGCUUCAACGGCACCAAAAAGAACCAUUUUUAAAGAGGAUUGUAACAGGCGAUGAAAGUUGGAUCCUAUACAAUAAUGUUAGCCGCAAGAGAUCGUGGGGAAUUAAGAGCGCACCUACGCAAACAGUGGCCGAGCCGAGGCUUCAUCCAAAAAAGUUCUUCUGA